CAGGCCACAGCAGCUCUGCGUCGGCGGGCCGCGCAGCGUGCAGAGUGAUUGUGCACAUUGACCUGGACUGCUUCUAUGCACAAGUAGAAAUGAUCCGUAAUCCAGAGUUAAGAGACAAGCCUUUAGGCGUGCAGCAGAAAUUCAUCGUUGUUACCUGUAACUACGAAGCCAGAAAACUCGGAGUUAAGAAGCUGAUGUCUGUCAGGGAUGCUAAAGCGAAGUGUCCUCAGCUGAUUCUGGUCAACGGAGAAGAUCUAACCCCAUACAGGGAAAUGUCAUACAAGGUUACAGAGUUGUUGGUGGAGUUUUGUCCACUGGUGGAAAGGCUUGGAUUCGAUGAAAAUUUUGUGGAUAUCACAGAGAUUGUAGAGAAAAGGCUGAACCAGCUACAUCACAGUGGAUGUUCCAGAGCCUGUGUGUCCGGCCACGUGUACAACAACCAAGCGAUCAAUUUGCAUGAUACAAUGCACCUGAGACUCGUGAUUGGGUCUCAGAUUGCAGAAACGUUCAGGGGAGCCAUAUACGCGAGACUGGGCCUCACAGGCUGCGCAGGAGUGGCCUCUAACAAACUACUGUCUAAACUCGUAUCGGGGACCUUCAAACCAAAUCAGCAAACGCUGCUUCUGCCUGAAAGCUGUCAAGAUCUAAUACGCAGCCUGGAUCACAUCCAGAAGGUGCCUGGCAUCGGCUACAAAACCUCCAAACGUCUUGAAAUGCUGGGUGUUAGGAACGUGUGUGAUCUCCAAGUGUUUCCACCUGCUGUGUUAGAGAAGGAACUAGGUGUUGCUAUUGCGCAGCGUAUCCAAAAACUCAGCUACGGAGAAGAUGACUCCCCUGUGACUCCAUCGGGCCCGCCUCAGACCUUCAGUGAUGAAGAUUCCUUUAAAAAAUGUUCAUCGGAAGUGGAAGUUAAAGAGAGAAUUGAAGAGCUGCUCCCUAACCUACUUGACAGAGUACACCAAGACGGAAGGCAGCCGCACACCGUAAGGCUGACCAUACGCCAGUUCUCCUCAGCCGAUAAGUGGCUUAGUCGGGAGAGUCGCCAGUGCCCUAUUCCACCUCACCUCGUUCAGAAAUUUGGGAAAGGAAACAGCAACGUUAUAUCCCCACUGGUUGAUAUACUAAUGAAACUCUUCCGAAAGAUGGUAGAUGUGGAGCUACCGUUUCAUCUCACCCUUCUGAGCGUCUGCUUCUCCAACCUCAAAGAUCUUCCUAGCAGCAAGAAAGGAUCCAUCGGCUUCUAUCUAAAGCAAGCGUCACCACCACCAGGCUCUGGUAAACGCGUCCGGGAAGUGGAAGAUGUCUCACAAAGAGAGGGCCAGAACCGCAAAGAAACUGGAACUACAAAAACCAUGAAACUUUCAGAGGAAAAGAAAAGCAAUGCAAAUGAAGCAGGAAUACCUGACUUCCCAUUCCAUUUGUCUCAUGGUGAUAUUGACCAGGAAGUCUUCAGGGAACUUCCAGAAGAUAUUCAGAAAGAAAUUAUUUCUGGGAGCACAGAAGCGAUCCCUUCUGAGACUGUGACAGGUCAGCCAUCAGCGUGUUUCGCAGAAGAGGGGCAGAGCGCCACCCCGGAUGUUGAGGGACCAAACAGCGAUGCGGACUCCGCAGGGUGCAGCACACAUCUCACGCCCGCUCACGAGUCUGCAGCCGCUGUGGCGCACAGCUCCAGGGCCGGUCGUUCUUCCGAGUAUCCUGGAAGGGCACUGACGAGCAGCAGUAUGGAAGAACAACCUACUGCCUCACUGAACAUCAGCUGGAGAGAUCUGUCCUCUCCGGAAGCUGGAGACAGCCAGGCUGUUCUGCCAGUCCCCGUCUUGCGCAGAGAUAGCCAGCCCCUUGAAAUAACUCCUGAGGAUAAAACUUACAGCAGGCAGGAAGGAAUUGUGUUUCCUCCUGAUGUUGACACAGAGACUUUUUAUGAACUACCUGCAGAUGUGCAAAAAGAACUGCUAGCUGAAUGGAAGAAUCGGGAACCUGUGUCCAAAACUUUGACGGCCAAACCCCCUAGAAAGGCCAAAACAAGCAAAGGAAGAAGGAAUACAGCACCAUGUUCAUCACAGUCUAACAGUUUGCUGAAGUAUUUUAAACCACAGUGA